ACAUGUGGUGGCGGCCCUGGCUGCCCGCCUGCCUGGCCUGGGGCUGUGUGGCCGCGCUGUGCGGCUCCCGCGGGCUCUGCCCGGCCCCGAACGCCUCCCGCCCCGAGCCGGGUCAGUGCCCGCGGCGCCGGGCGGCGGAGCUCUGCGCCUGGGCCCUGUCCUCCGACAGCCUCCUAGAUCCUUUUCCAGUUGAUGUAAUCCAAGAAAAUUAUGUCCGUAACGUGAGAAAUUGCAUUUUUUCAGUUGUCUAUCCUACACCUUUUAAAUCUAGAGUUCGUCUUGUAGCUGUUUCAAAGGAAGUUCUUGAAAAUGUUUUGGAUCUUGAUAUAUCUGUCAAAGGAUCAUCUGAUUUUCUGGAGUUCAUCAGUGGUGGGAAAGUGAUUUUUGGGUCUGUUCCACUGGCCCAUAGGUAUGGGGGUCACCAGUUUGGUAGCUGGGCAGGUCAGCUGGGGGAUGGAAGAGCCCACUUGAUCGGAGUAUAUACAAACAGGCAUGGUGAGAGGUGGGAACUGCAGUUAAAAGGCUCAGGAAAGACCCCAUACUCCAGGAAUGGUGAUGGGAGAGCUGUGCUUCGCUCUUCUGUUCGAGAGUUUUUAUGUAGUGAGGCCAUGCACCAUCUUGGAAUUCCUACAAGCAGAGCUGCUAGCUUAGUUGUAAGUGAUGAUGAUGUGUGGAGAGACCAGUUUUACAAUGGAAAUAUUAAGAAAGAAAGAGGUGCAAUAGUGCUACGACUUGCCAAAUCGUGGUUUCGUAUAGGAUCCUUGGAAAUCUUAGCUCACUCUGGGGAACUGGACUUACUAAGAAGAUUGCUAGACUUUAUCAUCCAGGAACAUUUUCCAUCAAUAGCUAUGAAUGAUUCAAAUAGAUACCUGGAAUUUUUCUCUACAGUCGUGUCAGAGACUGCAAAUCUCAUUUCCUUGUGGAUGUCUGUGGGGUUUGCACAUGGUGUGUGCAAUACAGAUAACUUCAGUUUAUUGUCCAUAACAAUAGAUUAUGGUCCAUUUGGAUUUAUGGACUCCUAUGAUCCAAAUUUUGUUCCAAACACAUCUGAUGAUGAAAGGAGGUAUAAAAUAGGAAAUCAGGCAAGUGUUGGGCUGUUUAAUCUGAGCAAGCUGUUACAAGCUCUAAAACCUUUAUUGGAUCCCAGGCAAAAGCAGCUAGCUUCCCAGAUUUUGGAGGGGUAUGGUGAGCACUAUCACAGUCGUUUCACAGAACUAUUCAAAACAAAAUUGGGUCUUCUUGGGUCGAAUGAGAAUGAUAACUAUUUGAUUGCUUUCCUCUUAAAAAUUAUGGAAGAUACAAAGGCUGAUUUUACAAUGACAUUCCGAGAGCUGAGUGAAAUUACUGCAGACCAGUUAAAGGAGCUCCAUAUUCCUGAGGAGUUCUGGGCUCUCCAGGAUCUGGGUAAACAUAAAUUAUUUUCAGAAUGGGUUACUAUGUACCUCCUGAGAUUAAACAGUAACAAUGGUGACUCAGACGCCAAAAGAAGAACAAGGAUGGCAACUGUUAAUCCUAGAUACAUCCUUAGGAAUUGGAUGGCAGAAUCAGCAGUGCAAAAAGCUAAUUUGAAUGAUUUCUCAGAGGUUCAGCUCCUAGAGCAGGUUUUACAGCACCCCUUUCAGAGGCAGGAGGCUGCAGAGAGAGCAGGGUACUCCCUGCGCCCCCCAGCCUGGGCCAAGCAUCUCAAAGUCAGCUGUUCAUCCUGAGGGAAAUUCAAACAAGCAAGAAAAAUGAUCAAGGUCAAAGCUCAAGCCUUCAAAUAGGGCUAAUGGAUCAAGCCACAGGAACUUCUCUCCCUUAGACUUUGUGGACUGGAAUCUGCUACUGUUCUUGACCAACUUUGGAAGUCUCAGGAUUAAAGAAGUGCAUCACUAUGUAUGGUUGCAUCAUUAGAUUAUACUGGCAUUGACAACUCUGCCUCUCACAUUCAGCUGUGCUUUACUUUGAGUCCCAAUAUUUAAGUUCUGCCAAACUGUAACACUUGACCUCUCAAAAUUCAUGGCUGAUCAGGUGGGUCUUACUAGCUUUUAGUGACUGAUAAAUUUAAACUCCAUGUAAGCUAGUUUUAAUAAUGCAGUAUUUUGAUGAAUUUUCCUUUUGCUAUUACACACUCGUCAAAUACAGCCAUGUUCUGCAGCCAUAAAUGUCCUUAAAUCUUGCAGACCUGGCACAAAGGAUCAUCUUAGACCUUGACACCUUUUCUCAUUCUGAUUAUGUUUUGUCCCAAUAAACUGACAAAAGAUUUAAAGGAAAUUCA